AUGGAGACCAUUGAGCUUUCGCGACGGCUUCGUUCUUCCAAUGAUGACAAUGAAGACACUGGAGAUCUUCAACAUCCGCCCAAUACACCCAUUCGGUCAGCUCUCGAUGCUGCUCGCCAGCAAAGAGUGGCAAUUGGAUUUGCUGAUAUCUAUGGCUCUUUGACUUCUAGGCAGCUCAGUGUCAUCACGAUCGGGUCCGCCAUUGGGACAGGACUGAUGGUGACAAGCGGGCUGGCCAUGUCGAUGAGUGGCCCACCCGCGCUUUUGAUAUCGUACUCGGUUGUUGGUUUUACGGUCUAUCUGGUCCUCUCUGCGCUGGGCGAGGUUGCUGCGUGGCUACCAGACCCAUACACCGUCGCUGAUCAAGCCGUUCGCUUCUGUGACCCAGCCUUGGGCUUCAGUCUUGGGUGGAUAUAUUGGCUGAAGUAUGCUAUCAUCACCCCAAAUCAGCUGGUCGCAGCGUCUUUGGUGAUAUCCUUUUGGGUCGAUACAGACUUUGUGAAUCCGGGAGUCUGGAUUACCAUCUUCCUUGUCACCAUCAUCAUCCUCAACUCUGUGCAUCAUCAGAUACCCAGCCAGGUUGAAUUCUACGUCUCGUCUUUUAAAUUGGUCGUUAUGGCUGCUCUCAUGAUCUUAUCCUUCGUCAUUGCCCUCGGCGGAGGUCCAGACCGCGAUAUUCGGGGCUUCCGGUACUUUCGAGAAUCGGAUGACCUCGAAGACGAUGGCAGCAGAGGUGCUCUUGGAAGGUUUUUCUUGGCUUGCGGAACAAUGUCGCCGGCAGCGUUUGCUUAUGUCGGCAGUGAGAGAUCGGGCAUCGUGGCACGAGCUCCCAAUACCAAAAAGGCCAUCUCCCGCUCGAUCAACCAUACCUUCUAUCGCCUUCUCGUCUUUCACCUUCUCGGCAUUACUCUUGUUGGUAUGAUGGAACCUCGGAAAUUCGUGUCUGCAGCAUGGAUUGAGAGCCUGAGCCUUGAAUAUUCUCGCAAGGCGAAAAAUCCGGCUGCAUCCCCAUUUGUUGCUGCUUUGUGUCUUGCACAUAUAGCUGUCGCGCCUCAUCUUUUGAACGCCUGCAUUUUGAUCUUCGUUCUGUCAAUAGCGAACUACGACUUAUUCCUCGCCACUAGAGCAUUGUGCGAUCUCUCAGUGAAGCGUCGCGCGCCGAAGUUUCUAUCGCACACCAACAGGAAGGGGGUACCAUUCUACGCACUCGCCAUUUGUGCUUCGCUGACGACAAUAGCCUACGUGAAUGUAGGGCGCGACUCGUCCCGGAUAUUCAGUUACUUCGUUAAAAUGGUCACCAUGCUUGGGCUUCUCACUUGGAUGUCGAUACUUGUCACUCAUAUCUCAUUUGUUCGGGCUCGAAAGGCACAAGGGAUCUCUGACUCCGUUUUGGUAUUUAGAGCCUCCUUUGGUAUCUCAGGUAGCUGGCUUGGAAUUCUACUCUGUCUCUUCAUAUCGUCAACCAUGAUCUUCAACUCCAUCGACAUCAGACAGGGCAAGGCGACAUUUGACUAUCGUUCCUUUGUGGCAGCAUACAUUGCUGUUCCUUUUUAUCUCAUACUCUAUGUUGGAUACAAGCUCGCUGUCAAGAGCAAGCAUAUCAGCGCUACGGAAGCUGAUCUCUGGUCUGGGAAGAGCGAUAUUCAGCCGGGGGAAUUGUCAACCACUUGA